AUGGCGGCGUCAUGGAGAUUUUCCUAUGCCCUCCUAUCCCUACUACUGUUGUUUCUUGGUCUGACCAAUGCCCAAGAUGUCCCCGAAUGCAGCGAAAAGGUGCCAUGCAAGGUCGGCUGCUGCAGCAAGUUUGGCUUUUGUGGCCUAGGGCCGGCUUAUUGUAGCAAAGCCGUCUGCGUCAAUAAUUGCGACCGCAAAGCCGACUGCGAUCCAGGAGGCUAUGGCAAGGACUUCGUCACCAAGACGACGUGUCCUCUCAAUGUCUGCUGCUCCAAGUAUGGCUUCUGUGGAACAACCUCGGAGUUCUGCGGAGACAAGAAGGUGAAGCGUCCAACUUGUGCCGUUGACAAAAGCAGCCGCUUCAAGCGUGUGGUUGGAUACUAUGAGAGCUGGUCGUCCGCACGCCCUUGCAACCGUUUCUAUCCGGAGCAAAUCCCCAGUGGCGUGUAUUCACACAUCAACUUUGCCUUUGCCAGCAUCAAUCCCUCGACAUUCGAACUGAUACCGGCUGACCAGUCGGAUGUUGACAUGUACCGCCGAGUUGCCUACUUGAAGAGGAAUGAUCCCAACCUCAAAGUCAUGAUUGCGGUGGGAGGAUGGACUUUCAACGACCCAGGCCCGACAGCUACGACCUUUUCCGACAUUGCUCGAAGCGAGGAUGCCCAGCGGAAGUUCAUUGGCUCCGUGCUGAGCUUCUUACAGACCUACAACUAUGAUGGCAUCGACUUGGACUGGGAAUAUCCUGGCGCCGAGGACAGGAGCGGCCGCGGGGAGGACUUUGCCAACUUUCCCAAAUUUAUGGCCAAUCUUAAGCAGGCUUUGAAGGACUAUGAAGUCAGCAUCACUCUCCCGGCGUCACUAUGGUAUCUACAACACUUUGACAUAAAACGACUGGCUCCGCAUGUGGACUUUUUUAACAUGAUGACCUACGACUUCCAUGGGGUCUGGGACAAGCCUAACAAAUGGGUUGGGCCGUAUCUGAAUUCCCACACCAACCUCACAGAGAUCAAAGAAGGUCUUGACCUCUUGUGGCGAAACGAUAUUGACCAUGACAAAGUGACUCUUGGGAUGGCCUUUUACGGCCGUGGAUUUAUAGCGACCAGCUCUGCAUGCCUCAGUCCAGGGUGCACUUUCGAGUCGGGUACAGCUGCACAGCUCUGCAGUGCCGAGGUGGGGGUCAUACUGAACUCGGAGAUCGAUGGCCUGGUUGCCAAGGAGGGCUUGAAUCCAGUUCUGAACAAAGAUGCAGCUGUCAAGGUCUUGACUUGGGGAGGCAAUAACUGGGUCACCUACGACGAUGAAGAGACUCUGCAGAUGAAGGCGGACUUCGCGCGGAGCGAAUGUCUUGGCGGUGUUAUGGUCUGGGCGAUCUCGCAUGACACCCAAGAUGCGAAGUACUCACUAGCCCUGUCACGCGCGGCUCCAAGGCUGUUCAAUGCAUUGGCCGAUACUGGUUCCAAUGAUGGAUAUGUUACUGAAGUUACAGAACAUCCCCAGUGCAGGUGGACCAACUGCAACGAGAACUGCCCAGCCAACUGGAUUCGCAUGAUGAGGAAUGAUGGGGGAGCCAGAGGUAACGAGUUCAUGGUCAACGGGGCAGGUUGUGAUGGCCGCGGCGUACACAAGCUCUGUUGCCCACCUGGUAAUCCGAUUCCCACAUGCGGCUGGUAUUCACAUAAUAACGGCGACUGUGACAACGGCGCUUCUUGUCCCGCUGGCACCAGAGAAAUCGGCAGCAAUAGCGAGCACUGCGCUACGACAUCGUACAAUUCACUCUCGCCAUCUUACCAGGCUGCCUGCUGCACGACAGAAACAGACAGCAUGAAACUGUACUCGCAAUGUGAUUGGACCUCCACUCGCAACAAGAACUUCCCCAACUGCGAUGCUGGAAGUUGCGGAGCAGAUGUCGUUGCUUACUCUGGCGAUGGCAGCGGCGAUGCCACGUGCUGGGGAGGAUGGUAUAGGUAUGGCAUGGAAGACUCUUCCAAGAACAAGUACUGCUGCUCCCAGCCCGAGCAGGACAAGAACGAGGACUAUCAGUUCGAGGAUGCCCUCAGGAACUUUAUGACGAACCCGGUCUGUAUGAGCAACAUCUUUGUCGGCAGCCCGCUGCGGAAGAGGAACGAGUCCUUGGCGGUCGACAUGGACCACCAGUCCGUUGGUCUGGUCCCGCGUCAAGACGCGGGCUAUCGAACCUUCGUGAUCGAGUCUCUCGUCUUGUUCAUGGCACAGAGGCUGUUCGUCGAGACACCGAGAAGGUCCCUCAUCGACAUAUGGGACAGAACCGUCGUGACCCGCUUCAACAGUCUCUCGUACGCCAACCUGGCCGACUAUCAAAGACGCCGAGGACACACGCUUUAUGUCAUGUACGGCAGCACACAAUGGCCCCGGUACAUUACUUGCAACCUGGGCGUCUUGCAAGAGGCAAUCGCAGGUAACGGUGGUGGUGGCGGCGGCGGCGGGUCGUGUACCAGGACCUACCCGCAUAGUACUGCAUCUCAGUAUCUGCCUUGGCGAGCACCAGAAUACACCCCAGGAGGCCAGGUCACGAACCCAGCCAAAACGGCUGAAGCGUGCACAUACGAUCCAAACUGUGCAGUUUUUGAGCAUCUCGUUGUGAACGUGAUACAGCCCAAUGGCGUCCGACUCGAAGAAUUUGAGAAUGACCACCUGUUCGAGCGCCAGCUAUUACGCACGUGGGGUGACGAUGCGCUGGUUGGGCGAUGGAACGCGGGAACAGGAGACGGCCCUGAAGGCAUCGAUGCUCCACAUGAAGUUCCUUUUGCAUUUUUCACGAUCUCUCUGCAACAGAUAGAUGCAUCUGGCCUCACGGUUCAAGAUCGUAUGAUGCAUGCGCUCGGGAGUAGCGCGAACCCCGACGUGAUGACACUGGUUGUAAAAGCUAUCAAUCUCAUGAAAUCCCAGAUGUGGAGUCUCGGGGAAGCCCUUGUGGCCGUGAGAGAGAUGGAGGACUAUGUUUACGGGACUAAGGUCAAGGCAGCUUGCCCCAAAGUUGCCCUGGACCAUAUCAGGAAGGUACGUGCUCGUCCAAAAAGCUAUGUUGACAUGACGUCUGGUUUCUCAACCGUGGUUCUGCAGGUGCUUGUCGUGUGGCGCUGGCACUCAAGCCGAGUAAUUCGCGAACGCUUGAGGGGCAUCGUGUGGUCGCUGCGUCAGCUGCUGCGACAAGCAGAGAGACACUAUGAGAGCACACAUGGCGGCCAGAGUCCAUAUGCCUUGGAGCACUUUGAUGGCUGGGUUCAAACGAGAAUGGAGGUCAUGAGAGACAACGUGCAAGCGUUCGGUGUGAGGUGGCUCCAGGAGCUGAAUCUGCCGGCAGUCAACAACGUGCCCGCAGAUGCUGCCAUCCGAGCAAACUUGGUGCGCGCAUACGCCACCCUGCCUGACAUCAGGGUAGACGACUUUUUCCCGCCCAUUUAG